GCGCGGAGCCGGCGCGGCCGCCAUGGAGGUCAGCGCGGACUCCGAUCAGCUGGAGCGCGUGUUCUUGCGCCUUGGCCAUGCAGAAACGGAUGAGCAGUUACAGAACAUUAUUUCAAAAUUCCUGCCCCCUGUUCUCCUCAAGCUGUCCAGCACACAGGAAGGAGUUCGCAAAAAGGUCAUGGAGCUGCUGGUUCAUCUGAAUAAGCGCAUCAAAAGCAGACCAAAAAUUCAGCUUCCAGUAGAGACAUUGCUAGUUCAAUAUCAAGAUCCUUCUGCAGUGUCAUUUGUCACUAAUUUUACCAUAAUUUAUGUUAAGAUGGGAUACCCCCGUCUGCCUGUGGAAAAACAGUGUGAAUUGGCUCCAACCCUUCUCACUGCAAUGGAAGGGAAACCUCAACCACAACAAGACAGCCUAAUGCAUCUUCUAAUACCAACCCUUUUUCACAUGAAAUACCCUGCUGAACCACUGAAAGCAGCAACUUCUCCGUUUAAUCUUGCUGAAAAACCAAAGACUGUACAGCUGCUUUUGGACUUUAUGUUGGAUGUUCUUCUCAUGCCUUAUGGGUUUGUAUUGAAUGAAUCUCAAAGUCGACAAAAUGUGCCCUCAGCCCAGGGGUCUUCAUCAAGUAGCGUUGGAGGUGCUGGAAUCCCUCAGCCACCUCCAGGGAUGAGCUUUUAUGCAGCCAAGAGGGUAAUUGGAGAUAGUCCAUGGACACCAGAGCUGCUGGAACAGUGUAAGCUGGGGAUAGUGAAGUUCAUUGAAGCUGAGCAAGUGCCCGAACUUGAAGCUGUCAUACACCUGGUUGUAGCCUCCAGUGAUACAAGACACAGUGUUGCCACUGCAGCAGACCUUGAACUAAAGAGCAAGCAAAGUUUAAUUGACUGGAACAAUCCUGCUAUCAUCAACAAAAUGUAUAAAGUGUAUCUUGGGGAUAUACCACUGAAAACCAAGGAGGGAUCUGUUCUGAAACCAGAAAUGAAACGAGAGUCAGUCAGCACCCGUGUUAAAUUAAAGAUAGUUCCUCAUCUUCUACGAUCCCGGCAAGCUGCAGAAAUGUUCCCAGCUAACAUUCAGGUUGUUUAUGAUGGACUCUUCGGUGCAAACACAAAUACAAAACUGAGAAGUCUGUCUUUGCAGUUUGUGCAUCAUAUUUGUAUCAUCUGUCCAGAGAGUAAAAUAAAGCCCUUAGGUCCAAUGCUUUUAAAUGGACUUACAAAGCUGAUCAAUGAAUACAAAGAGGAUUCAAAACUGCUCUCAAUGGCCUAUUCAGCAGUUGGCAAGCUCUCCAGCCGAAUGCCUCAGCUCUUUACCAAGGAUAUAGCACUGGUACAGCAGUUUUUUGAAGCCUUAUGCAAGGAAGAUGCUGAUACUAGGCUUGCCAUUCAAGAGGCGUUGUCUAUGAUGGUUGGAGCAUAUAGUAACUUGGAAGGAGCCCAGCGUACCCUGAUGGAAGCUCUUGUAGCAUCAUAUUUAAUAAAGCCUGAAGUUCAAGUCCGUCAAGUGGCUGUAAAAUUUGCUAGCACAGUGUUCCCUCCAGAUCAUAUCCCUUCCAGAUACUUACUCCUGUUAGCUGCGGGAGACCCGCGGGAGGAGGUACAUGGAGAAGCCCAGCGGGUAUUGAGAACAUUUUCUGGAAAAAAUGAAAAGGAGAGUUCUGGGAAGCAGAUGCCUUCCUUCCCUGAAAUGGUCCAUUACAUUCAAGACAAGGCUACUCACCGAAUGAAAACUCCAGCUAAGUAUAUGACUGGAACUGCAGCGUUGCCUUUUAAUCCUGCCACAUUUGGAGAGAUAAUUCUCUAUCUACGGAUGUGUCUUGCUCACAGUGCUGGUGUAAUGCCAACCUCACAGAGCUUGGCAGAUAUGCAAGAUCAUGCUCCAGCCAUUGGACGUUACAUAAGAAACCUCAUGUCUGGCAACCACAUAUCUUUCUCUUCUUCCUCCUCCUCUUCAAAAGGUGCAGAAACCAACCCUGUACAUAUAUAUAUUGGCCUUCUUCAGCAGCUCUUAGCUGGUGUUGGAGGUUUGCCGGUCAUGUAUUGUCUCCUGGAAGUUGUUUCAGUGUAUCCAGAAAAACUAGCCACCAGAUUUGUAGACAAGAUGGAUUGGAUUAAGAACCUGAUGAACACUAACAAAGAGGAAAUGCGUGAGCUUGCAGCCCUGUUUUAUUCUGUAGUGCUGUCUACCAUGUCUGGAGAUGAGCUUAGGGCGUCCUUGGAGCAGCUGAUCAAGAUGACAAAAGACAGCCAUAGCCCGGAGGUCCAACAUGGAUCCUUGCUGGCUUUGGGAUUUACAGUAGGAAGGUACUUGGCCAAAGGGAAAAUCAGAACAAUGGAGCUACAUGACACAGAACAACCAAACACUUCAGUCAUGCCAGAACAAGAACAACUUAUCAAGUUGACAACAGAGACAAUAGGUUCUUUUCUGGACAGUACCUCUCCCUUCCUUGUGGUGGGUGCUUGUAUGGCUCUUGGGGAGAUUGGCAGGAAUGGCCCCUUGCCAAUCCCCAACGAAGGAACAGGAUUUACAAAGCUGCAACUUGUUGAAAAUUUACUGGCCCGAAUCCCUUCCAGCAAGGAAACAAAUAAGAUGAAGGAACGAGCAAUACAGACAUUAGGUUACUUCCCAGUGGGAGAUGAAGAUUUUCCCCACCAGAAGCUACUGCUGCAGGGUUUAAUGGAUUCUGUGGAGGCCAAACAGAUAGAGCUGCAGUUCACUGUUGGUGAAGCUAUUACCAGUGCUGCUGUUGGAACCAGCUCAGUGGCUGCACGGGAUGCAUGGACGGUCACAGAGGAGGAAUAUAUCCCUCCUUCAGAUUUGAAAGUGAAUGAUGUGGUGCCCUGGGUCCUAGACCUUAUUUUGAACAAGCACAUCAUCAGUCCCAACCCACAUGUUAGGCAGGCAGCUUGCAUCUGGCUUCUGUCAUUGGUGAAGAAGCUGAGCACCCACAAAGCAAUUAAGUCUCAUCUCAAGGAUAUUCAAAGUGCAUUUGUUUCAAUUCUGUCAGAUAGUGAUGAGCUUAGUCAAGAUGUUGCUUCAAAAGGUCUUGGGCUGAUAUAUGAACUAGGAAGUGAAGAGGAUCAGCAAGAGCUAGUUACUACACUCGUUGAUACCCUUAUGACUGGGAAAAGAGCCAAACAUGAGAUGACUGGAGAAACUGUGGUAUUUCAAGGAGGUCUGAGUAAAACCCCAGAUGGUCAAGGUCUUUCUACCUACAAGGAGCUUUGUUCACUGGCUAGUGAUCUCAAUCAGCCUGACCUGGUGUACAAAUUCAUGAAUCUGGCCAACCAUCAUGCCAUGUGGAAUUCUCGGAAGGGAGCAGCUUUUGGUUUCAAUGUGAUAGCUGCCAAGGCUGGAGAGCAGCUGGCUCCAUUUUUGCCCCAGCUUCUUCCCCGGCUCUACCGUUACCAGUUUGACCCCAACCUGGGCAUUCGACAGGCAAUGACCAGCAUUUGGAAUGCAUUGGUCACUGACAAGUCAAUGGUUGAUAAGUACAUGAAGGAAAUUCUUGAAGAUUUGAUCAGUAACCUAACCAGCAGUCUUUGGAGGAUCAGAGAAUCCAGUUGUCUAGCACUAAAUGACUUGCUAAGAGGAAGACCUUUGGAUGACAUCAUAGACAAGCUUCCGGAGAUCUGGGAAGUCCUAUUCAGAGUGCAAGAUGACAUUAAGGAGACUGUACGAAAGGCAGCAGAGCUAGCCCUAAAAACUUUAAGCAAGGUCUGUGUGAAAAUGUGUGACCCCUCUAAAGGAGCAGCAGGUCAGAAGACGAUAGCUGUGUUGCUCCCUUGCCUCCUAGACAAAGGAAUAGUAAGCACAGUUGCUGAAGUCCGAUCUCUCAGCAUUAACACUCUUGUGAAGAUCAGUAAAAGUGCUGGGUCUAUGCUAAAACCUCAUGCGCCAAAACUUAUCCCAGCCCUGUUGGAAUCCUUGAGUGUGCUGGAGCCUCAAGUCCUCAAUUAUUUGAGUCUUUCUGCAACAGAUCAAGAGAAAACUGCAAUGGAUAGUGCCAGACUUAGUGCUGUCAAAUCAUCUCCCAUGAUGGAAACCAUUAACAUGAGCUUGCAGUAUUUGGAUGUGUCUGUCCUUGGAGAGUUGGUCCCUCGGCUGUGUGAACUGGUCAAAAGUGGAGUUGGCCUUGGCACAAAGGGGGGCUGUGCCAGUGUAAUUGUGUCAUUAACCACACAGUGCCCUCAAGACUUAACACCUUAUUCAGGCAAACUUAUGAGUGCUUUACUUAGUGGCCUGACUGAUCGCAACAGUGUGGUACAGAAGUCUUUUGCCUUUGCUAUGGGGCAUCUAGUCAGGACUUCCCGGGACAGUAGCACUGAGAAGCUGCUGCACAAACUCAGCAGCUGGUACAUGGAGAAGGAAGAGCCAGUUUACAGAGCAGGCUGUGCUUUAACUGUGCAUGCUAUGGGACGCUACAGCCCAGAUGUACUGAAAAACCAUGCCAAGCAGGUGCUGCCAUUGGCUUUUCUUGGAAUGCAUGAAAUUCCUGAAGAAGAGAAAGCAGAGAAAGAAAAUCCUACUCUGUGGACUGAAGUUUGGCAGGAAAAUGUACCUGGUACUCAGGGUGGGAUCAGACUGUAUAUGCAGGAAUUGAUAUCCAUCACCCAGAAGGCUCUGCAGUCCCAGUCCUGGAAGAUGAAAGCUCAGGGAGCAGCUGCCAUGGCAUCAAUUGCCAAACAGACAGGCUCCCUUGUGCCACCACAUCUGGGAAUGGUGCUAUCUGCACUGCUGCAAGGCCUGCCAGGGAGAACCUGGACUGGGAAGGAGGAGCUGUUAAAGGCCAUUGCCAGUGUCGUUUCUGCAUGCAGUGCAGACCUACAGAAGUCAGUGCCUGGUCAGCCCACCAUCACAGAUGUCGUCCAGGCUCUUCUGAAAGAAUGUCGUAAAGAAAAUUUGAAGUAUAAGAUGGUGGCACUGCGCUGUGCAGCUGAGGUGCUGCAGGUAACCAAGGAAGACCGGUUCCAGGAACUUGCUGGUAUCAUCUUUCCCAUGAUAAAGAAGAACUCUCUGGAAAGCAUGGGAGCGGCUUUUCCAAAGCGUGAUGAAGAGGAUGAGGACAUGAGGGAGAAAGAGGUUCAGAUGGAGUCCCUGAUCUGUGCCUUCGAGACCCUGGGUAAAGCCUGGCCGAGGAGUCCAGAGACACAGUGUUGCUAUCGACAAGAGUUCUGCAAGUUAAUGUGUGACCGUCUGAAACUGAGCACAUGGAGAGUGCAGCUUGGAGUGCUACAAGCCAUGAAUGCCUACUUUCAAGGGCUAAUGCUGUUUGAUGAAGAGCACUCUGACCCUGUGGCUUUGACAGAAAUACUGUUUGAAACCUGUUCCUCUAUCACCCAUUCUUUAGAAAACAAAAGCUACACAUCCAUAAGAACAGAAGCUUUGUCUGUGAUACAACUGCUGCUCACCAAACUACAAGAAACUCAAAAGUGGGAGAGCCUGACAAGAGAAAACAGAGAGCUCCUCAUUCGUUCGUUGUCUACGAUGGCAUCAGAUAGCAGACCUGAGCUACAAGAGAGGGCAUUGGUGUUGAAAAAAACACUUGAAAAUCUUGACUAAGUUGUAAAACAUAAAUUUCAAAGUGCCAUGUAAAACAAAAACAAAAAAGUGCAGUGGUCUGAAAACCAAGUGGGGAAAUGAAGAUUACUCUGUAAGGAUGCAUCAUUCCUGGCCAAAAUAAAAAAUGCCUUAAAUUCUUUUCCCCAUUAGUAUUAUUUUUACUUUUAAGAUGCUUGUUAGUUGUUUUAUCAGCAAAUACCUCUGUCUGCCCUAGAAUGUUUGUAAGUGUGCAACAUAAGAAAACGCAAGGGCAAGAUUACUUUUUUUUUUAAAUCGGCAGAAGAAUGUUGCUCAUACCCCCUUUGUCCUUCAAAGAAACUGUUCAAAAUCCACCAGCACAGAAAGUAAAAGCAUAUUUAUUUUUUUUUAAUUUUUUGUAUGUAGAAGUCUGUUAACUGGUGUCUACUCCAGUAGUGCUUGCUUGUCCCUUGCAGCCUGUUUUCUGUGCAUUAUGAAAGGCAGAGUACUGUUAACUUCACUGCUUCCUCCUUCUCUGACCUCAGCAUGGAUUGACCGAGACUAUGCCUUCCCCAGCUGGCAACCUCGGCCUCCCAAACUUUAAAUGAGAACCUUUUAUCCCAAAGGAUGCACAAGAGAGCACUUUACUGAGCUGUGUGGGACAAAGUUGAGCCUAGUUGGUACCCAGGUGGAACACUGCUCUUCUCAAAUUGUUUUGCAUGGACACUCCUUAGCUCCAGGAAAUUAAAAAAAAAAAAAUGGAAAACAAUCUUUUUUAGAUAUGUUUUUGAAGAGCGUUUGAAGUUUGAAAUGACACAUUUUUUUAAUAGUGGUAAUGUUUUAUUCCCUUCCUGUUCGUAAACCUGUUCUUGCUUUGGAAACCUGUAACAGUUUAGACUUGUCAAUAUUUGUAAGAAACUGAAUCAUCUGUCAUUUAUCAGAGCCCAAGUCAUACUGGUUUCUAGCAAUUAGCACUUAAGAAGAUUAUAUCUGCAUUAACAUGGGAGUAAAAUUGCUGUAUGGUGA